CACCACAUCUCUCCACAAGCGCCCAACCAUGUCAUCGUCAAAGGAGUCUGGUCUUUCCCUGCGCAUGGUCCCCGGACCUAGCAGUGGCAGCAGCUCCUCCUCCCACAUCAGCACAACGCAGACCACCGCACCGGAGCACGCAGGAAUCCACGACACCCUCCGAUACGGCCAUCGCUCUCUCGCCUUUGACACGUCUUCGGGCGCAGAUGUCCAGCACCCGGUGCAAGCUAGGCUGGAGAACUGGGAACAGACGAGGGAUGACUUCAAGCAGACGUUGCAGAGGAACAUGUAUGGUAUUGGGGCCCCGUUGAGGACGAACUUUGAGAGGAAGGCUGUGGAGUGGGACCCUCACUUCCCCUCCCUGCACAACUAUCCCGGCAACGGCAUCGGUGGAUCUACUCGUGGAGGCUUCUCCCAGCUGCAGCGUGAUAUCCUCGACGGCAAUGACGAGACAUUGAGCCCUAAGGACUUCUUGCCCACUCCCGUCAGCGGUGGACCUCGUGCGGACAUUCAUGCCGUGAUGGAGCGAAAGUACGGCAUUUGAUGGCGAGCAGCAGAACACAUCAAAGCACGGGUAGCUUGCAGUAGUGCGGUGGCAAUGAUACAUCGAUCCUCUAUUCAAGAUCACUCAAAUCGGCUGAGCGCAUAUCAACUCCUUGCCCCUCCCCUCCCCUCACCCAUCCUUGCUCACUCCUCCCUCUUGAACCCCCUCG